CGUUCUUCUCCUCUUUCUCCCCUUCUCUUCCCCUCGCCCUCUCAAACUCCCACACACUGUCAUCACAGACAUAAAAACACAGGCUACAGUCACCGCAGACAGGACUACAACAGCAACAUCACCAACAACACGCAGCGACCACAACAACAACAACAACAACAUAAACAGACGGACACAAACAAACACUACAAAAACAACAACAGCAACAACAUCGACAUCGUGGACAACAACAUUUCGGCCAAUCAUGUUUCGAAAGAUAGUCCAGGAAGUCCAAGAAAUGUUCUCUCAAAAAGUCCAUACCAAUUCAGACAUGAGACCUCCCCAUACUCUUGGGGCUACAUUCGACUCGAAUUCUCUAACUCACUACCACGGAAGCAAUGGACCCGAUUGGUCGGAAUUUGAACAUUAUUUUGCGACAGAAUUAUUUCCGAAGGAAGGAGGAGCCGAAAAAUCUUACCGAUUCCUUCUCCAGCUUGUCCACAUGCUCUUCGAGUAUAUAUCUCAGGAAAACCUCCGUUCCAAUAAAAUUCUUGACUUCCAUUUGCCCCACGAACUCUUGCAAAUCUUCAAUUCGCGAUUAUACGUUGAUGCCGAACCUCACAGUUUGGACCAAAUUCUCAAAGAUUGCAGGGAGACGCUCGUCUACUGCGUUUAAAAAGGGCACCCACGUUUCCUAAACCAACUGUCGUCUGGACUUGACAUAAUUGGGCUUGCUGGCGAAUGGCUAACAGCUACAGUUAAUACCAACAUGUUUACAUAUGAAGUGGCUCCUGUUUUCACCUUGAUGGAAGCAGUUGUACUGGAACGGAUGAGGCAUAUCGUGGGUUGGAAAGACGGAGAUGGAAUAUUUUCCCCAGGUGGAGCCAUAUCAAACCUUUACGGCGUCUUAACUGCCAGGCAUUACGCAUGUCCAGAUAUCAAACAGAAAGGCUUACUCGGAAAGAAACAAUUGGUGCUUUUCACUUCAGAACAGAGUCACUUUUCUAUGCUCCGAGCUGCUAUUGAUGUAAAAUGGCUUUGGGAUUCGUUGAAGAACAUUUUGCAGCUGUUUCUCGGAAAUACCUUGAUAUUUCCACAACAGAAGAAUUACGGUUUCAUUUCUGUGACUCCGAUCUUGGUAGGAAAAAUGAAAGUGGCUGAACUUGAAGAAAAAAUAAUCGCCGCGAAGAUUGGCGGCAAAUUACCGUUCUUUGUGAAUGCCACUUGUGGAACGACGAUACUCGGAGCAUUCGACCCUGUUAAUGACAUUGCAGAUGUGUGCGAGCGUCACAAUGUCUGGCUCCAUGUUGAUGGAGCAUGGGGUGGUUCAGUACUUAUGUCCAAGAAACAUCGACAUUUGUUGAACGGAAUUGAAAGAGCCAACUCCUUGACGUGGAACCCACACAAACUACUCGGAGUACCACUGCAGUGCUCAGCCUUCUUGUUGCGAGAGAAAGGAAUCAUGCAGCAAUCCAAUGAGAUGCAUGCAGACUACCUGUUCCAGAAGGACAAGAAUUACGAAGUGAUCUACGACACGGGAGACAAGACAAUCCAAUGCGGCAGGCACAAUGACAUCUUCAAGUUCUGGCUCAUGUGGAGGGCAAAGGGAGAAAAAGGAUUCGAAGCCCACAUCAACAGAAUGUUUGAACUUGGAAAUUAUUUGAGAGAAUUAAUACGAAAGCGUGAAGGAUUCAAGUUUGUAUUAGAAAAGGGAGAGUGUACAAACGUCUGCUUCUGGUAUGUUCCGUUGAGAAUUCGAGAAAUGGACGACGACGAGAGAAAGAAAAGCGAAUUGCAUCAAGCUACCAGGUGCAUCAAAGCUAUGAUGAUGGAGAACGGAUCUCUUAUGGUAGGCUACCAACCCCUGGGCGAACACCCCAAUUUUUUUAGAGUGGUCAUUUCUAACGCAGCAGUUAUGGAAAAAGAUCUGGAUUUCUUAGUAGAAGAAAUUGACCGCUUAGGGAGAACUCUUUGAUUUUUGCUUUCUUUACCAUUUUCACAUUUACGUAUAGAAAUCUUCGUGAUAGAAAUUGAGCUGAUCGUGAAAUGCAGUUGAUUAACUAGAAGAUAAUGCUGUUGCUGUUGCUGUUGUUGUUGAUGAUGUUAUUAAUGAUGAUGAUGAUGAUGAUGAUGAUGAUGAUGAAAACGAUGAAUGGUAAUGAUGAUGACGGCGUCGACGGUGAUGACGGUUAUCAUGUGGAUGGUGAUGUUGCUGCUGGUG